AUGCUCUUCUUCAGUUUUUUCAAGACUCUCAUAGACCACGAGGUCACCGUCGAGCUCAAGAACGACAUUCAGAUCCGUGGCACUCUCAAGAGCGUUGACCAGUACCUCAAUAUCAAGCUUGAUGACAUUUCUGUCGUCGAAGAGCUCAAGUACCCGCACCUGAGUUCGGUCAAGAAUGUUUUCAUUCGUGGCUCUGUAGUACGCUAUGUCCAUCUUCCUGCUGGGUCUGUGGACGUUCCUCUUCUCGAAGACGCGACGCGGAGAGAGGCUGCCGCACAGUCAGCAAAGGCGAAAUAA